UGCUACCAAUAGUAGUAACAUUAGCAUGGCAGUAUAUGUAGGUAGCUGAAAUACAUCUCUUUCUCUCUAGCUAGGGCUGGAUGAGUAGAUCACUGUUAAAAGCAGCAGCCCCACCUCCCUGUAUAGAAUGCGUGUGCACGUGUGCGAGUCAUGCGAUAAUCUGUGUGUGCAUGAGGCACGUCCUGCUGCAGUGCAUCUGUGGGAUAUUAAGGGUACAGAAGCUAUAAGCAGGACGAAUACAAGCUCGUAACACAAAGCACACCUCACCUGAUGCUAGUGGGAAGGGCAGUGGCUGCCCAGGAGAAGCCCAGGAUUGGGAGCCUGUGUGUUGGGUGAAUUGUGCAGCCUCAGGUGAGGGCCAAGCCUUGCAGUUGGGUUUCCAGGCUCUCUCCUGUGCUGGACCUGGCUGGUGGUGCCCCUGCCAUGAGGAUGUUGGGCUGGAGCAGGGAUUGUUCCCAGUGGAUGUUGCCUGUGCUUCAGCAGGAAGGGGUUAAGCCGAAGUUGGUGUUUAUGUAACCAAAGAGGGAACUCCCAGAGAUGAGUCCUUGGCUAUCUCAUGUGUUGAUGCAUCAGAAGGGUUUAAAGAAAGCCCAGCUUGUUGCUCGCUUGCACUGUAAUUACGUCGCUGGAAUCCUGUGCUUCAGAGUUUCCCUGGCUGCCUGUUGGGGGGAGGCAGGAAGGGAUUUGCUUUCCCUGAUGGUGGACUUGCCCUUUGGAAGCCUGUUUUGACCCUGAGAAGAUGGAAACUGGCCACAGCUAGAUGUGGGAGAGUCCUGGACCUCUCGACCAUCCAGCCUUCUCCAAGGUGAUGACUCCAGUCUCCUGAGGCGUUGGAAAACCUAGUUUGGAAGAAGAAUAAGGAUACAGUUGAUGCUGAACUACAGCCAAGGAUGAAGCGGCGAGCAUCAGACAGAGGAGCUGGGGAAACAUCCACUAAGGCAAAAGCUCUUUGUACAGGGAUUUCUGGAAAUAAUGCCAAGAGAGCGGGCCCUUUUAUACUAGGUCCACGUUUAGGUAACUCCCCUGUGCCAAGUAUUGUUCAGUGUUUGGCAAGAAAGGAUGGGACAGAUGACUUUUACCAGCUGAAGAUUCUCACUUUAGAAGAAAGGGGUGAUAAAGGAAUAGAAACCCAGGAGGAGCGACAGGGCAAGAUGCUGCUGCACACGGAGUAUUCUCUCCUUUCCCUGCUCCAUAAUCAGGAAGGAGUGGUUCAUCACCACGGGCUCUUUCAGGACCGAGCUUGUGAAAUUAUAGAAGAUCUAGAAGCAAACAGAAUGGUCAGGAAAAUGAAGAAGCGCAUUUGUCUCGUGUUAGACUGUCUCUGUGCCCAUGAUUUCAGUGACAAAACAGCAGAUCUGAUCAAUCUGCAGCAUUAUGUCAUUAAAGAGAAGAGACUCAGUGAGCGGGAGACAGUAGUGAUAUUUUAUGAUGUGGUACGAGUGGUAGAAGCAUUACAUAAGAAAAAUAUUGUGCACAGAGACUUGAAACUAGGAAACAUGGUGCUAAACAAAAGGACUCAUCGGAUAACCAUAACAAACUUCUGUCUCGGGAAGCACCUGGUGAGUGAGGAUGACCUGCUGAAGGACCAGCGAGGGAGCCCUGCCUACAUCAGCCCAGAUGUGCUCAGUGGACGGCCAUACCGUGGAAAACCCAGUGACAUGUGGGCUUUGGGAGUGGUGCUCUUCACCAUGCUCUAUGGCCAGUUCCCCUUCUACGACAGCAUACCUCAGGAGCUCUUCCGCAAAAUCAAGGCUGCCGAGUACAACAUCCCUGAGGAUGGACGGGUCUCAGAAAACACUGUGUGCUUGAUCCGAAAGCUGCUGGUCUUGGAUCCGCAGCAGCGUCUGACAGCUUCUGAAGUGCUGGAUUCCCUCAGCUCCAUCAUAGCAUCCUGGCAGUCAAUGUCCUCGCUGAGUGGCCCUUUGCAAGUGGUGCCAGACAUCGACGACCAAGUGGCUAACCCAGAAAACCCUCAAGAGGUGAAGGUGACGGAGGAGUGCUCGCAGUACGAGUUUGAGAACUACAUGAGGCAGCAGCUGCUCUUGGCUGAGGAGAAGAACACACUGCAUGAGGCCAAGAGCUUCCUCCAGAAGCGGCAGUUUGGGAACAUCCCCCCAGUGCGACGCCUGGGCCACGAUGCUCAGCCCAUGAACCCUUUGGACGCGGCGAUCCUGGCCCAGAGGUACCUUCGGAAGUAGCUUCCUGCCCAUCCGAGAGCACAAGCACCAUCCUGCAGACUGCCUUUCACGUCGCCUACUACAGCUCAACAGCAAUACCCGUGUCCCGUGAUGGAGAGUAAUGUAGCAAUUCUUCUGAGCUCUGUUCAGGGACACUCACACUCACUCUGGAGGGAGAAGACUCUUGGGAAAAGCUAGUUUUGGAAGCAGCAACCUCUUGGCAUCUUCUGGAAUCUGUUUUUUAAAUCGACGCCUAGAUGACUAAUCUGCUUUUAAUCAUGACUGUAAUCUACCUCUCUUGUCUUUUUAACCAUGCUGUUCUCUGGAUCGAGCAAAGCCUGUGGGAAAGGAGAAGACGACCGAGGGUGAAGCUGGUUUGCCGGCCCCUGUCGCGGCUCCGUGGCGCGGAGAGUCGGCGCGGUGGCGUUCGCUCCCAAUGGUUUGAAUAAGCUCACAUUUACCGGGGUUUCUCGAGAGGAAGAGCUCCUUGAAACCUCCCCUCCCCUUCAUCUGCAUCAAAUCUCCCUCCUGUCCCCAUCGUGCCACCUGCCUCAGCCGGGUUGUCUGACCCCGCACCACGCCAAGGCCUUCGUGUUCCCUGGUGUCACCAGGGCUGCCUCGGGCACGAGGCAGAGAUCGGCUCCUGUCCUCAGAGGUUCCCCAGGACUUGGCCGGCUGUGGCCCCUUUCCCCCUUUCACUGAUUCUUUAGUUUCAUAAGGAUUAUCUGAUUUAAUCUUAUUUUUCAGUAGCUUACCUAAGGUGCAGUUAAAAUUGCAUUAAUUCUGAUUUAGCGUUUUCACACUUCAGUUGUGGUACAGAUAUAAUAUAUGAGUUAUAAUGUGAAAA